CCCACGGCACGCCAUGGCCCUUCUGAUGCGGGGCACACGGCUGCUGGGCGGCUUCCUGCUCUGGGUGCUGCUGGCCGCCAGCGUCACACCAUUCACCUGGGACCUCCCGGAGCCCCGCAGCCGCACGGGCAAGAUCCGUGUGCACCCGCGAGGCAACCUCUGGGCCACCGGGCACUUCAUGGGCAAGAAGAGUCUGAAGCCCCUCAGCCCAUCCCCAUUGGGGACAGCGCCCCACACCUCCCUGAGGGACCAGCAGCUGCAGCUGAGUCAUGAUCUGCUCAGGAGCCUUCUGUUGAGGAGAGCCCUGGGCCUGAGCCUCAGCCGCUGGGCACCCCACACCCAGGAGGAAGGUGCGAGGGAGCCUGCGCCUGCCCCAUAUUCCUGCAGUGCAGCAGGCUGCUGAUGCACCUGCGGCCGAAGUGACGCCGGGAACGGGCGGGCGCCGCUCGGUUGGAUCGCGCCCACCUCGGCAGCUGGCUGAAUGGGUCCCGAGAGCGGCCCCAUUUGGAUGCAAACCCCGAGCUCCGUCAGUCAAUGAUUUCUGGUCGGGUCGCCAGGAAUAUCGCGAAUGCAGACACAAACCAGAGUCCUGCUGUACUUCUUGCUUCCCUGGUGAAGUUGUGAAUA